CUGUUCCCGCUGGAAGGAUGUUCGCCCAGCGUCGGAGCCACUACUGCUUGUGUUUAUGGGCCUGUUUCUUGCUGGUGGCGGCGAGUGUCCUCGGGGGCAGCUCCAAAAGCUCUCAAAAUGGCAAGGAUGACGAUCCGAAAGACAACACCACAGUGUUUACCAGGAUCCUGGACAGUCUCCUGGACGGAUAUGACAACCGCCUGCGGCCAGGACUCGGAGAGCGUGUAACCGAAGUCAAGACUGACAUUUUCGUGACGAGUAUCGGCCCCGUGUCCGACCACGACAUGGAGUACACCAUUGACGUCUUCUUCCGUCAGAGCUGGAAGGACGAGCGGCUAAAGUUCAAGGGGCCGAUGGCGGUGCUGCGUCUCAACAACCUGAUGGCCAGCAAGAUCUGGACGCCCGACACCUUCUUCCACAAUGGCAAGAAAUCAGUGGCUCACAACAUGACUAUGCCCAACAAGCUACUGAGGAUCACAGAGGAAGGAACACUACUGUACACCAUGAGGUUGACAGUGAGGGCUGAGUGUCCUAUGCACCUUGAGGAUUUCCCAAUGGAUGCUCAUGCUUGCCCACUCAAGUUUGGCAGCUACGCCUACACGCGUUCAGAGGUGGUGUACGUGUGGACGAGAGGAGCCGCCCAGUCAGUGGUGGUGGCAGAGGAUGGAUCCCGACUCAACCAGUACGAUCUGAUGGGACAGACGGUGGACUCGGGAGUGGUGCAGUCCAGCACAGGAGAGUAUGUUGUCAUGACGACGCACUUCCACCUGAAGAGGAAGAUUGGCUACUUUGUGAUCCAGACGUAUCUGCCCUGCAUCAUGACCGUCAUCCUCUCCCAGGUCUCCUUCUGGCUCAACCGAGAGUCCGUGCCCGCCAGGACUGUCUUUGGUGUGACUACAGUACUGACCAUGACCACCCUCAGUAUCAGCGCUAGGAACUCGUUGCCCAAGGUGGCCUACGCUACGGCCAUGGAUUGGUUCAUCGCCGUCUGCUACGCCUUCGUCUUCUCCGCCCUCAUCGAGUUCGCCACUGUCAAUUACUUCACCAAGAGAGGAUACGCCUGGGACGGGAAAAGCGUGGUGCCAGAGAAGCAAAAGAAGAAGAAGGAAUCGUCCCUCCUCCAGAAGAACAACACGUCGUACGCCGCCGCCACCGCCACGGCCUUCGCGCCCAACAUCGCCCGUGACCCUGGCCUGGCCACCAUCGCCAAGAGCGCCCCUCCCCCACCCACAGAGCCCAAGGAGGAGCCCAAGCCCAAGCCGCCCGAGGCCAAGAAGACCUUCAACAGCGUCAGCAAGAUCGACCGUAUCGCCAGAAUAGCCUUCCCGCUGCUCUUCGGCACCUUCAACCUGGUCUACUGGGCAACGUACCUGAACAAAAAGCCCAAACUGCAGGGCAUGGGCAUUCAGCCCCACUAA